GAGAUUUACACCUGAAUAUAAUCGAAAGUGAUACUUUAAGACUUCUAUACUCCAGACUCCAUUAGAACAGAAAGGUCCAGAACUGCUCUGAAGACGCAGUUCGUAAUGCAGCAAUUCAACAGCUUCUUCAAAAGCAAAUCGGGGACAAGUACCAAUGCGACUACCGACGCCAACACAAAGGCACCUCCCGCCUUAGAGCCUGUCUCAGAGACACAACAGCCACGGCGGCGUGGAUCCCACGAUCCGGUCCUGACACCGGAGGACGAAGCCUUUUUACAGACUCUCACAGCCGAGUCUGCCCCAACUGGCCAAGGCGCAGUACCAGCACCAGUUGGAGAUGGAGAUAGAGACGAAGAGCCAGCAUAUUCUGCUGGUGUUCAGACCCAAGGUCAGGAUCAGACGCCGAAGUCGCCGAUCGAGGAGUUUGGCAAAGAGCUGGGAGAGCAGGAACGGAGAAAGUCAGCAGCAGGUCUGGAACCGUCAUUGUCUGGAGACAGCAAUGCGGAGAAAGUCAUGGCUAAGACUGGAGAGUCAUCAGGUGAUAAUGAGAAGGGAAAGGAGAACGCUAAAUUGGAGAGGCCGAAGAGUCCGGAGAAGAAGAGGCGGCCAUGGAGUAUGAUCUGGAAGAAGAGCGAGAAAAAGGCAUCCCAACCCCAGCAUCAACCCCAGUUCCCAGAAACCGCACCCACCACCUCCAUCGACUCAAGUGAAACCGAACAACAACGCGAGAAUGCCGACAUGACCGCCAUUUUAGACAAACUCAACCUAGCUGCGGACAACAACCGCGUCUUCUCCAUAUCUGACGAAACCCAAGAACUCCUCCGCAAAUUCAAGCUCAUCUUCAAAGACCUCAUCAACGGCGUUCCAACCGCAUACCACGACCUUGAGAUGCUUCUAACAAACGGCAACAAGCAGUUACAAGACACAUACUCGAAUCUUCCCAGCUUCCUACAAAAACUAAUCGAAAAACUCCCUGAGAAAUGGACUGAGUCGCUUGCUCCGGAGAUGAUCGCCGUCGCUGCGGAACGAGCAAGUCGGAGCGGUGUGAAUGUAGAUAAUAUCGGCAAGGCGGCGGCGGCGGCGAAUAAAAUAGGAAUCUCAGUACCGAGCUUGAAGGAGCUUGUGGGCAAGCCCGCCGCGAUUGUGGGGAUGUUGAGGUCUAUCAUGGCGUUCUUGAGAGCGAGGUUCCCGGCUGUGCUGGGAAUGAAUGUGCUUUGGUCGUUGGCCUUGUUUAUCCUCCUCUUUGUCCUCUGGUACUGCCACAAACGUGGCCGUGAAGUCCGUCUUGAGAACGAACGCCUCGUUACAGAGGAGGAAAUCGAGAAUAUAAACCAAGAGUCUUCUGAGAAUAAGGCGGCAGAAACGGGAAUGGGAACGGAAACAACACCUCCAAUUCGCAGUACCGAGACUCUAACGACCACGGCCGCACAGGGUGCAUCCGCAUCCGAGGUCCGUAGGGGCAUCAAAGAGGCGCAGGAGGCUAGAGAGAAGAAGACUAAUGCAAAGGUUCUUGCCGCUAAGGAGCAGGCACAGAAGGGAGAUAAACCCAGUGGAAUUGAGAACGAGCCUAUCAAGCCUACGAGAUCAAAGUCGAUAUUAUCCAUCUUUGGCAGGUCGGGCAGCCAGAGUUCUGCAGUAACUGAGAGGAAGAUCGAGCCGUAUCCAGGAACGUGAGGCUAAGGUUGUGGACGAGGAUGGGCUGUGGCCAUGGAACUGGGAUGCAUGAUUUAUGAUGUUUACGAUGCUAUAAUACCUUUUUGCGUACACUUCAAAUGCUAUUAUAUACCAUGCCAGCAGUAUGACUUGAAAUAUCAGUGAGGUUGUGUCU